CUGGGAUAAAGUUCAAGUUCCUGAACACGAGGAACUGUAAAAAGAGCCUCCUAACAAUGUCUAAGGGAGUCGCGGAAGCAGCCAAGCGCUCACGUUUCAGCCUGUACCUGGGGCAGCCUGAUGUUUCUCCCUGUCUCCUUCCAGCCGCUGUAUGCAGACAUUGUCAGUCAUAACACAUUCAUCUAGAAACCGGAACACCAGAAGCUUGGCUUUGGACAUAGCCCAAGGCAAUGGCAGAAUUCUGGGCUUAAAGAAUGGCAGCUGCCUGAAAAGGGGCCAGAGCUCCCCGAAAGCCCCCAAAGGCCAACAGAAGCUUUCAACCACCUCCAAAGCGGAUCAAGUGACACUGGACUUUCGCAGGACCUCUCUAACCUGGGUGUAACCUAUGACUCCAGAGAUGCUAUCUAGAAGGAAAAAAGGGUGUGUGUGUCACACAGAGUGCACUGUGAGGCUGGCAGCAUCUGUGCCUGCUAGUCCCUGUUCUGUGUGGCGCUCCCCUGUCAUAGCAGCGACUCUCUUCCAAACCUGACUGUCAAACUCUGCCAGGGAGUUUGACACCCCACAUUCUCUGUUAGGGUACAGGACUGAAUGCUCAGCCUAUGUUCUCUGGCCAGGUCUGGCCUGAGGUACCAGGAAGUUAACCCCAAGUUUUGGCCUCCUCACUUUGAUGCUCUACCAGCCUACCUGUAGGAUCCCACCCUUCACUUCCACACGGCCGCAUGGCUUCAGAAAUCUCAGCUCUCAGCUCCCUACCCUAGGCCACCUCUUGCUGGGUUCCCAGUGCUGGCUUUCGGUCUCUUCCUGACAACAGCUUUGCUUUGGAUUUCAUGUUCCGUGUAGUCUAGAACAGCAGGCGUUAAUGGUGCGUUCUCGCCGUUCCACUGUCUCCAAUACGGUUGUGUCUAGCCAUGGGUCUGUGGGACCCUGGCACCUCUGUAGCGAUCAGUAAGUGAAUGUCCUCCCUCACUGUGGGUGUUUGGAGGUAACUCUCUCUAUGGGUGUUUGGGUCUCCUCUCUAUCGGGGUUCUCAGCUGAAACCACCUGGCAAUCUCUAGAGACUGUCUGGGUUGCUGCAUUGGGAUGAAGGGUACUGCUGGCAUUUGCUGAGUGAGAGCCAGGAUACUUCACCAGACAGCCUCCCCAAACAAAUCACUGGACCACUAAAUGUCAGUAAGGUUGACCUUAAGAAAGCGAGCUCUGUACUUACGCUGAUCUCUCCAGAGUCCAACACCCAAGCAACACGGAUGUGCUACUACAGCAGAGACCAGGGGAGGGGUGCCUCACACUCUAAAUCGCUGCAGUUAGACAAGAUGGUCAGAGGAGAUCCUCCAUUUGGAAACCCUCCUGUGGGCUCAGGGCCACGCCCUUGCAUUAUGCAAAGGCAGCUGCCCUAGUGAGCCGGGCAGGCAUAAAGGUGACGUGGUCAGGAGUGGCUAUUUGAUCUCCAGUUUUUCCAGAAUUUCCACUCCUGUGCCAAGCAUGCCUCUCCAGAUGCUGUUCCCUGUCCAAGAGCUCAGGAGGCUCACCUAAAGCCGUCAUCCUCCAAUGCUGAGGUGUUUCCCCUCCGCGCUAAGUCUUCUCGACAGACAUCCAGUUCGCAGGAGCCGGAAAGGCGGAAGCCAGGCUUGCAGCGAAGCGUGCAGCCCGUGCCGAGGCUCGAGAGAUCCGCAUGAAGGAGCUGGAGCGGCAGCAGAAGGAGAUCUAUCAAGUCCAAAAGAAAUAUUAUGGGCUGGAUACAAAAUGGGGCGACAUCGAGCAGUGGAUGGAAGACAGCGAGCGCUACUCUCGUAGAUUCCGGAGAAACCCAUCGGCUUCUGAUGAAGACGAGCGCUUGUCCGUGGGUAGUCGUGGCAGCCUAAGGGCCCAGCCUGAGCCGGAGUAUGGGAGUCCCUAUGCCUGGACUAACGGUUAUGAUGGAGACUAUUGCGGAUCCCAGUCCCUAAGUAGAAGAUCUGGCAGGAAUUCCAGCUACAGUGGCGGCGGCGGCGGCGGCGGCGAUGGCAGAUUCUCCGCUUUGUCGUCCUCCAGGGAGGAGAAGUUGGGACACUUUUGCUCCGACCUCAGCCUUCCCAGCAGUGGCCUUGCUUCCAAGCCCCUGUCUACCCAGAAUGGAACCCGGGCGUCCAUGCUGGAUGAGAGUAGCCUCUAUGGGGCUCGGAGGGGAAGCGCCUGUGGUUCCCGAGCUCCCUCAGAGUACAGCGGCCACCUCAACUCCAGCUCCCGGGCCUCCUCUAGGGCCAGCUCCGCGCGGGCCAGCCCUGUGGUCGAAGAAAGACCAGACAAAGACUUCACUGAGAAGGGGUCCCGUAACAUGCCCAGCUUGUCGGCUGCCACGCUGGCUUCUCUGGGUGGGACUUCCUCGCGGAGAGGAAGUGGAGAUACCUCCAUCUCCAUGGACACCGAGGCGUCCAUUAGGGAAAUUAAGGACUCGCUGGCCGAAGUCGAGGAGAAGUACAAGAAGGCCAUGGUCUCCAACGCCCAGCUCGACAACGAGAAGACCAACUUCAUGUACCAGGUAGACACGCUGAAGGACAUGCUGCUGGAGCUGGAGGAGCAGCUGGCCGAGUCUCAGAGACAGUACGAGGAGAAGAACAAGGAAUUCGAGAGGGAGAAGCAUGCCCACAGCAUCCUGCAGUUCCAGUUUGCAGAAGUCAAAGAAGCCCUGAGGCAGAGGGAAGAAAUGCUCGAGGAAAUCCGGCAGCUGCAGCAGAAACAGGCGGGGUUUAUCAGGGAGAUCUCUGAUCUUCAGGAAACGAUAGAGUGGAAAGACAAAAAGAUAGGGGCAUUAGAAAGACAGAAAGAGUUCUUUGAUUCCAUACGGAGCGAACGAGAUGACCUUAGAGAAGAAACAGUCAAGCUGAAAGAGGAGUUAAAGAAACAUGGAAUAAUCCUAAAUUCAGACAUAGCCACCAACGGAGAGACUUCAGACACACUAAAUGACGUCGGACAUCAAGCCCCUACGAAGAUGACAAAGGAGGAGCUGAAUGCCCUCAAGUCAGCCGGGGAGGGGACACUAGGAAAAGCCAAAGAAGUGGAGGUGGAAAAGGCAAUUGUGGAGAAUGUGGGGACAGGAGGAACCUUACAGAAUACUGAGCAAGAGCAGCCCAGACCCAGCCCAGUAAAGGAUUGUGUGGACAAAGGGGUGUCACAUCCCAGUGAGAAUGCUGAGGACCAGAAACCCGCUGAAGACAGCGCUCUGUCCCCAGGACCACUCCCAGGGGCCAAAUGUGAACAGCAGGUUCAGAGCCAAGCUCAAGAGAACACUUCUUUCCUCAAAAACCCAGGGCAGAUUGAGUCACGUGAGGUCACAAACAACCCAGAUGGUGGGACCAGAAACUCUUUUGAACAGUCUAACUGCCUGGGAGGUCUAGACAGUGAAGGGUCAGGGCCUGCCGCCACCUUGGGUAUCAAAAAUCAAAGUGAAAACUCUGUAGGUAAUCAGGAUAAAGGAAAAGAAGAGGAUUUGAAAACAGAUUUGGAAAAAGUUAGUUUCGAACCACGUCCACACUAUGUUUUGGGGCAAACAUCUGAAGUUGAUGGGGUGAGUUGUACAGACUCAAGGGGCACAGGUGGAAACCCCACGGAGAAGGUGGUCCAGGCAGGAGGAGCUGUAGUUGGGGAACAAGUGGAUACAGUAGCCUCCGGUCCUCUGGAGCACAGCGAAGACACAGUGAGUCAUGACGGAAGAUGUAUGAAUGAUGCGGUAGGGCUGAGCUCAGAGGGAGAACUCACCCAGGGAGUAGCUAAGCCUGAGAUGGGUGGAGAAAAUGCUGUUACAAAGGCUGGGGACACAAAAGUAAGGGACAAGAAGCCCAUCCAGGCAGAAGUCCAGGCCACCCUUGGGGCUCCCAUAGGACAGAGCGGCCAUCAGGACACAGUAGGCCCAGGUAGCUCAGACUCCAAACACGCUCCGCUUGAUGCAAAAGAACCCAACAAAGAGAAGAGUGAGCAGCAGGCAGAGGCCUUGGACUCACCACAAAGGAAGACUAAGAACAAGAAGAAGAAAAACAAGAAGAAGAAACCUCCAGCCUCAGUGGAAACCCGCCGAGACGCCAGCAAAGAGUCAAACUGUCAGAACACAGAAGCGGGUGACCCGGAGGAAGAAGAGCAGACCCAGUACCCUGACCAAAAACAGGCGGCAGAAACCCAGAGUGCAGACACAGAAAACCCCGCACAAAAAAUCACGGCAGGAAGCAGUGAACGUGUCGAUUGCCCAGAAGAUCCUAAAAGUGAGUCGAAUGGAAAACAGAACCAAGAGGAGGAAGAUGAUGUAAAAACCCAGGCAGGGAAAGCAACAGUCGACAGAGACAAGCUGAUGUCUGAGGCGGACACAGCGCAGUCAUCAGGCACCAGUGCUGAGGGUGAGGAAGUUGAAGAACAUGUCACAGAUGGUCCUGCUGAUGGCCACACGGAUGUCUUGGAUCAAAACAGUCCCCAGUGUGAAGAAGGGGACAUUUCCCCGAUGGGAAAGAAAGGUCCCCGAAAGGAUGCUAAGAGAGGAAGUAAAGAGGGGCAUGUGCUGUCCCAACAUCCAGGCCAGACGGUUGAGAAGGCUGUGGAUGGCUGCAGUGUAGACAACAGGGACCUGUCAGGGGAGCUGGGGGGCUUCAGUUCAGAAGGUGGCGUGCAGACAAGAGGGGAGAUUGAGAAUAGCAAGAAUAAGGAGGAUUGCACCAUGUCGUGAGGAGGCAGAGGCAGGCGGCGGGUGGGCGGGGGAGACAGCGGGCCCAGGACUCAACACACUAAGCCUCAAGAGUUCCUCCUUCAGCUCCACUGCCAAGGUUCAUGAAUGUUCCCGUUUCUGUGGAUGUACCACGUGUCCUUCAAUCACCAAGUAUCAACUACUUUAAGUUAUAGACUGUUACUUGUAGAUUUGUAUUCAACCAUUGAUCACCUAGACACCAUUGUGUUCAGUUUCGGUUAUAGCUGAGGACAUUCCAUGAGCAUCAGGUGACACCCUGUCCCUGUCAUGUCUGCAUUCCAGCCUUAAGGUCCAAACUUACCAUUGCUUUAGACCGAGAUGAAUGUGGAUGUUCUUGACCAAAUGUAUCAGCAUCUAGUGGAAGUGACCAAACAUCAUUCUUAGAUUUCUGCACUGUGAGCAGUGAAGCAUCAAACUACUAUGUCUUAUUAAAAUAGAUGUAUUUUCAUAUUUGAUCUUAAUAUGUACAUCAUAAGCUGUAUUUAAAGGAGCUAGAUUGAUAGGUAGCAUACAAGUCACUGGGGGAGAGGAGCUGUACCUCAGGGUAGAGAGUAAUCACUGUAGGGAUUCAAACAGGUGUCAGAAGACACAGGGAACUGCGUGCCUUUACCUCACAUAAGUGCUGUAUUUUGCACCAACGCUCUUGGAUCUUAUUGCCAAUGGUACCCAAAUUAAUUUUAUCAAAGAUCUUUAUUUCACGUCACACGGGUGAUAUAUAAAAUUCAUUUUAUACGAAUAUUAUAUUUUUAUUCUUUUCUGUUAAUGACAAGCUGAAAUUACAUUUCCUACUUUAGUGUUUAGGAGAAACAGUCAUUAAAUUUUUUUUAACUUUAAAGUUAUCUUCCUGUCUGAAUGUCUACUUAUUAUUAAAAAAAAAUACAGAAGUUCUUUGUUCUUAUGCAAAGGACUCAUUCAAUUAUAAUCCAACAUUUUAUGUUUGGCAUAAAUAUUUUUAUUUGUUGUUUCUCAGUAUUUUCUUAUUGGAAAGUUAUUAUUUUAUCUGCCUGAAGGAAAUAUGUAUUUUCUAUAUAAAGAAGCUUUUAGAAAAUAAUUGUAAAGUUGAAUUUAAAAGUAAUGAUGGAUAUAAAAUCACAAGGCUGUGUACUGUAUGACUACUGUUGACGUGUUAUGGGAUCAUGUGAAUUCAUAUUACUGUUACAAGGUAGAGAGGGUCAAAAAGACCAAAACCUCAGUGAGUUUGAGGCAAACUAAAGUGUCGUAGAAUUGAAAUAAAAACAUUUUAUAAUUUU